CUAACUACUCAUUAGAAAAAAAAAAAAGUAAAACUAUGUCACAUGCAUGAAUACAUGCAUGACCAUCAUCAUCAUCAUCACAUAAAUUUGAGAGUAGAAUAGAAUAGAAUACACAUCAUCAUCAUCAUCAUCAUCGUUUGUAGUUUUCUCUCUCUACUUUCUCUCUCUUACCUUUCUUUUUAUGAUUUUUUUGGGGCUCUCUUUCUCUUUCUCUCGAUCUUCACGGUUCUGCCUCCUUUCGAUCUCGUAAUUUUUUUUUAAUUUUUUUUUUAAUUUUUGAAAAUUAGGGUUUUCAGGUCCAUAAUAAUUUUUUUUUGUUUGGGGGUUAUUACAAGAACUGUUCUUGCUAGCCUUUCAAAUCUCGACCACUCCGCCUCAUUCGUCACUCUGAAAAAUCAACACCCUAGAUUCACUGCUCUUUCUAGGGUUUGCUUGCAGAUCUAAACCACCAGCUCUUCUCUUACUGAUUUCCUCUCGCUUUCUCUCUAUUCUUUCUCGACAUGUUUUGGAAGCUUACUUCUCUCUCUGCCUCCUCUCCUGUGGAGUCGAUACUAGACAAGGAGAAUUUCACUUUGGAGGAGCUUUUGGAUGAAGAGGAAAUUAUCCAAGAAUGCAAAGCUUUGAACAGUCGUCUCAUUAAUUUUCUACGGGAUAGAGCUCAAGUGGAACAAUUGUUGCGUUAUAUUGUCGAAGAACCUUCUGAAGAAGCAGAAAGCAAACGAGCCUUCAAGUUUCCAUUCAUAUCAUGUGAGAUUUUUACAUGUGAAAUUGAUGUUAUUUUGAAGACUCUUGUUGAAGAAGAGGAGCUGAUGAAUAUACUUUUCUCCUUCUUGGAACCCAAUCGUCACCACAGUGCGUUGCUUGCUGGGUAUUUUAGCAAGGUUGUUGUGUGCCUCAUGAUAAGGAAAACUGUGCCACUGAUGAAUUAUGUUCAAGCCCACCAGGAUGUUUUUCGUCAAUUAGUUGACUUGAUAGGAAUUACUUCCAUCAUGGAGGUUUUAGUUCGACUUGUUGGUGCUGAUGAUCAUGUAUAUCCCAAUUUUAUUGAUGUAAUGCAAUGGUUGGCUGAGAGUAAUUUGCUAGAAAUGAUUGUGGAUAAAUUGAGCCCUUCGUGCCCUCCUGAAGUGCAUGCUAAUGCUGCUGAGACUCUCUGUGCUAUAACUCGAAAUUCUCCGUCUGCCUUGGCCACUAAACUUUCUAGUCCAAGUUUCGUAGCAAGAAUUUUUGCUCAUGCUUUGGAGGAUUCACAUUCGAAAUCUGGCCUUGUGAACUCACUUUCUGUUUGUAUAUCUUUGUUGGAUCCGAAAAGAUCCAUGGCUGCUUCUCCCUUAUUUCAUUCUUUCCGUAGCCAACAUAUGUACGAUACUUCAGUCCCUGUUACUCCAGAGACUGUCGGUGCGAUGCUUCCAAAACUCGGUGACUUGCUAAUGCUUUUAAAUGUGUCAUCUGAUGAAAAAUGUUUACCCACAACAUAUGGAGAAUUGAGGCCUCCUCUUGGAAAACACCGUUUAAAGAUUGUUGAGUUCAUUGCUGUUCUAUUGAGAUCUGCUAAUGAAGCUGCAGAGAGGGAAUUAGUCAACUCAGGAACCAUUAGACGAGUCAUUGAUCUUUUCUUCGAGUACCCUUACAAUAAUCAAUUGCAUCAUCAUGUAGAAAGUAUCAUUUUGUCUUGCUUAGAUAGCAAGAGUGAUGAAAUUGUUAACCAUCUUCUUCGGGAGUGUGAUUUGAUUGGGAAAAUUCUCCAAUCAGAUAGACAUCCUGUUCUUUCUGGUGAUGUUGUAAAGCCAACAAUACCAGCCCCUGGAAAACGUGCACCACGGGCAGGAAACAUUGGACAUAUUACAAGAAUUGCUAAUAAGCUUGUUCAAUUAAGGAACUGCCAGAGCCGCAUCCAGGAAUUUUUUCAGGAUAAUAUCGAAUGGAGUGACUGGCAAGCUACAGUUUUGCAGGAGCGUAAUGCGGUUGAAAAUGUGUACCGAUGGGCUUGCGGCCGACCAACUGCUUUGCAAGACAGGACGAGGGACAGUGAUGAGGAUGACCUGAAUGACAGGGAUUAUGACGUUGCAGCUUUGGCAAAUAAUCUAAGCCAGGCAUUUAGAUACAAAAUAUAUGGGAAUGAAGAUGCAGAAGAGGAACAUGGGGCUCUUGAUCGUGAUGAUGAGGACGUCUACUUUGAUGAUGAAUCGGCUGAAGUUGUUAUAUCAUCCCUUAAACUCGGUGAUGAUCAAGGGAGCAGUCUAUUCACCAAUUCCAACUGGUUUGCAUUCCAAGAUGACAGAAUCGGUAAUGCGCCUGCUGGAACAUCACCCUCAGAUAUGAUGGAAGAUAUAAACAUAAAUGGAACAGCAAAUGGUGGCAAUAGCAGUAGUGAUGAUGAGGUUGUGGUUGGUGAAGACGAUGAGCUCGCUGGAAACAAAGAUUCUAACAAUGGAACAUCCAGUUCUGAUGCAAAUGCCAUUAAUGGAUCUAAUAGUGGAAGUUUGAACCAGGAGAGCGAGAGGGCAAGUGCAUCUCAUUCGCAUGAGAUGGGAUUUUUUAGAUUUGAAGCAACUGACAAUGAGGACUUGUUUGGAGAUAGGCCAUUACCCGAAUGGGUUGGGUGGGGUGAGUCUUCAGAUUUGCAAGUUGGUGGCUCAAGUGUGAACCCAUUUGUUGAUUCAGAUAAUCCCGAUGUUACUGAUUCAAUUAACAACGAGUUGGUAACUCCCGGUGAAAGUUCUCCUUCCACUGCAGAUUCUGGACUUUCGAACGGCUCUCCAACAACCGCCACAGGCAGUGACGUGGGCCAGAGAAACGUGGCAGUACCUUCACUGUUCGAAGAGGAUGUUGAAUUUGUAGGUGUGGAAAUAGAAGGCACUGAAAAAGCUAUGGAACAAGCCCUUAAAGAAGGGAUAGUUGGGGAAGCCGGGCCAUUGAAGAGAAACGUUAACCCUAAAGUACAAGAGAAGGAGAACACUGACGAUGGACCCGGAAUGAAAGAAUUCAAUGAUGCAAAUUAUUGGAGGGUUGAUCAAGAGGUGGCUGUCCUCGAGUGAUGUGAUAAUGGUUAAAAUCCUGCUUAGGCUGUUUGAACCCGAAAGUUGGGUCCAACAGCCAUGGGCCCCAUUUUUUGGUUGCUAACGGCUUAUGCAGCUGCGACGACUACGACAGAUGAUAUGUACAGUAUAUGGGAUGGUAGGUUGUGUUAUGGUUUAUUAUCUCUGUUUAAUUGUUGUAACUUUCUUUGUUAAUUAUUUUUUAAGGUUUUUGUUUCCUCUUUGGUACUGAUUUUGGGACUUUCCCACAUCCUUUUUUCAUAUUUAUAUUUUUUAUUUCAUAUUUUUGCUGGCCAGUCUUUCCUUCCUAAUUGUGGGACUUUAUUAUUAUCAUUUUUGAAUCUGGACAACCCAAGUAUGAUAUAUUAGUUUUGGAUUUCUCAGUUUUUGAAAGAUUCUAAGAUUUUCUUUUAUUAGUAGUAGAGUUGUAUAAUAAGAUGUUGUAUUAUUCAAUUUCAUUAGUAAUAAUGUAUUAUUGAAGGUGGUUUUAUUAGCUGCCUUUUAAUUA